AUGAUUACGUGGCACGACUUGUACACAGUCCUCACGGCGGUGGUGCCGCUUUACGUCGCCAUGAUUCUAGCCUACGGAUCCGUCCGGUGGUGGAAGAUAUUCUCCCCAGACCAGUGCUCCGGCAUCAACCGAUUCGUCGCCAUUUUCGCCGUCCCUCUCCUCUCCUUCCACUUCAUCUCCACCAACAAUCCCUACGCCAUGAAUCUCCGCUUCAUCGCCGCCGACACGCUUCAGAAAAUCAUCAUGCUCGUCUUGCUCGCUCUCUGGGCGAAUCUGACGAAGAACGGUAGCUUAGAGUGGCUAAUCACCAUCUUCUCUCUCAGCACUCUCCCAAACACUCUGGUCAUGGGAAUCCCUCUAUUGAUCGCCAUGUACGGGAUCGAAGCAGGAUCUCUCAUGGUUCAGGUCGUCGUUCUUCAGUGUAUCAUUUGGUACACUCUCCUUCUCUUCCUCUUCGAGUACCGUGGCGCGAAGCUUCUGAUUAUGGAGCAGUUCCCGGAGACGGCGGCGUCGAUUGUCUCCUUUAAAGUCGAAUCCGACGUCGUUUCGCUCGACGGCCAUGAUUUUCUCGAGACGGAUGCUGAAAUCGGAAACGACGGGAAGCUUCACGUCACGGUGAGGAAAUCUAACGCUUCGAGAAGGUCGCUGAUGAUGACGCCUCGGCCUUCGAAUCUGACCGGAGCCGAGAUCUAUAGCCUAAGCUCGACUCCGAGAGGUUCGAAUUUUAACCACUCCGAUUUUUACUCGGUUAUGGGGUUUCCCGGCGGGAGGCUCUCCAAUUUUGGUCCGGCGGAUUUAUACUCCGUUCAAUCUUCCCGUGGUCCGACUCCACGGCCGUCGAAUUUCGAAGAGAGCAACGCCGUGCGGUAUGGAUUGUACCCUAACGGUUCUGUUCCAGCUCCAGCCGGGUCGUACCCGGCUCCGAACCCGGAGUUCUCAUCCGGUACGGCUGGUUCUACUAAACCGAAUAAAAUACCUAAAGAAAACCAACAGCUGGAUAACAAAGGGAGCCAUGACGCCAAGGAGCUUCACAUGUUUGUCUGGAGCUCGAGCGCUUCGCCGGUUUCCGACGUGUUCGGCGGAGGCGGAGGCGAACACGUGGCGACGGAGCAAUCCGAACAAGGCGCCAAGGAGAUCCGGAUGGUUGUCUCUGAUCAACCUCGAAAGAGUGAUGCUAGAGGUGGUGAUGAUAUCGGCGGCGAUGACGGUGGAGAAGGUGAAAGAGAGGUAGAGAAAGCUACGGCAGGGUUGAAUAAGCUGGGGUCCAGUUCCACGGCGGAGCCGGCCGGUGGAGAUACCGGCGGCGGAGGAACCGGAACACAUAUGCCGCCGACAAGUGUGAUGACGCGUCUAAUUCUGAUAAUGGUGUGGCGAAAACUAAUCAGAAACCCAAACACUUACUCCAGUCUUAUCGGUCUUAUCUGGGCUCUUGUUGCUUACCGGUGGCAUGUGGCUAUGCCCAAAUUAAUACAACAAUCCAUCUCCAUACUCUCAGAUGCUGGUCUUGGAAUGGCUAUGUUCAGCUUAGGUUUAUUCAUGGCACUUCAACCAAAAAUCAUUGCUUGUGGGAACUCAGUCGCCACUUUCGCCAUGGCCGUCAGAUUUAUAACCGGUCCCGCCAUCAUGGCUAUUGCUUCGCUCGCCAUUGGGUUACACGGUGACCUCCUCCGUAUAGCCAUCGUUCAGGCUGCGUUGCCUCAAGGAAUAGUUCCUUUUGUGUUUGCAAAAGAGUACAAUGUGCAUCCCACGAUUCUCAGUACUGGGGUAAUAUUUGGAAUGUUAAUAGCCUUACCAAUAACUUUGGUCUACUAUAUUCUUCUUGGCCUGUGAUUUGGUUUCUACGUCUCAACUUCAACUGGCUCUUGAGAACGCCUCGGGGAUUGGGAUAUCUAUUUCUCGGUAACCAGGAAAUAAACAAAGGCUUUGAUUUCGUGGGAAAGAGUGUGGAAGGUGAAGAAAGAAGAUAUGCCUUUUGGCUUUUGGUUUUGGUUCCAAUAUUUGUGGAACACAACAAAAGUACUUAGGAUUUAGUGAACAAGAUUGCAUGGAUUAAGGAUCUUGUCUUCAUUACACGCCAAAAAAAAAAAAAGAAGGACUCGAUGAUAAUUUUUUGGUUUUCUGUUUUGUUUUGGUUAAUUUAUUUGUAGAUUUUCGCUUUUCAAAUGUAAUGCAAUAUUAUACGCUCGUGUGUGUGACUGUGUGUAUAUGCACCUUUUAUUAACUGACUUUUUGCACC